AAAACCCUAAUUUCGUAGUCUAAAUAUGUUCUCUUUGAGUUACGAGCUGCGAAAACCCUCGCUUCAGCGCCAGCUACAGGACGAGAGAGAUGGGUGGAGAGGAAGUGAAGGGAGUUGUGGUUCCAGAAUCAGUGCUGAAGAAGAGGAAGAGGAGUGAAGAAUGGGCUUUGGCCAAAAAGCAGGAGCUGGAAUGCACCAAGAAGAAGAAUGCCACCAACCGCACAUUGAUUUAUGUUAGGGCUAAGCAGUAUGCCAAGGAAUACGAUGAGCAGCAAAAGGAGCUGAUUCAAUUGAAGCGAGAGGCCAAAUUGAAGGGUGGUUUCUAUGUUAGCCCAGAAGCCAAGUUGCUGUUCAUUAUCAGAAUUCGUGGGAUCAAUGCUAUGCACCCGAAGACCAGGAAGAUUUUGCAGCUUCUACGAUUGAGACAGAUAUUUAAUGGUGUCUUUCUGAAAGUAAACAAGGCAACAAUGAAUAUGCUGCACAGGGUUGAGCCUUAUGUGACAUACGGGUAUCCCAAUUUAAAGAGUGUCAGGGAACUGAUUUACAAGAGGGGUUAUGGAAAACUUAACAAGCAGAGAACUGGUCUGACUGAUAACUCAAUCAUUGAACAGGCUUUGGGCAAGUUUGGAAUCAUUUGCAUUGAAGAUCUCAUCCAUGAGAUUAUGACUGUUGGGCCACACUUCAAGGAGGCAAACAACUUCCUGUGGCCAUUCAAGCUUAAGGCACCACUGGGUGGCCUCAAAAAGAAGAGAAAUCACUACGUUGAAGGUGGUGAUGCUGGAAACCGUGAAGAUUACAUUAAUGAACUCAUCAGGAGGAUGAACUAGGUUUUUGCAGAAUAUGGUUUCAUUAAAGUUUUUGAGGUUCUUUGUGCUACAUUUUUGGCCAUUGAAGUUAUCAGACAAGAGUUCCUAUCUUUCAUUACUGAACAUUGCAAACUGAUUAGCAUUGCUAUUUUGAUGUCGGAUUUAAGAUUUUGUUUUUAUGGAAGUUUAGCUUGUGCCUUGAAUUCCAACAUUCCGCC